UAAUUGACGUUUGUGUCUUCUAGAUAAAUAAAAAGUGAAAAUAUAAGAAAAACAUAAGAAUUUUCACAGAUUUGAUUUUUAAUAUUGCACUUUAACAUUUCGUGUAUCGAUAAAUUAUAAUUGUCAAUAUACGUCAAAUAUUAUAGCACUCUGUGUGUGCAUUUUAUAACCUAACCUAACCUAUAAUCUAUAACAAUACGAAUGAACUAUCUAUAAAUAAAUUACAAGUUUAUUUUAUUUGCAAGAAUGUCGUCUCAUACAACCGAGUUGGUCGAACAUCUUGUUCAGGAUUAUGGUACUUACGCAAAAGUGGACUGGGAUAAUCAGAUGAAGAAUUUUCGCGAUAUCAUCGAGGAUACGCUAAUACGACUGGAAGAGUUUCAAUCGAUUGUGUCAAUGGUGGAAAGUGGCAGCUCGGAAUGUAUGCAGCAACAUCUUCCAAAGCUGCAACAUAUGAAGGAUAGCAUGACUAGUCUUCGUAGAAGGAUAGAUGCAUUGGAGCAUGUUGUCGCAAUGGCCAACAUGAAUUUAAGUACAUUAGAAGCUGCUGUGGAUAAGGCAGAAGCUGAGCUUGGCAUAUCCGACAGAUUAUUUGGCAUGCUGAACCCUUUAUUGUUUUUUAAGAAAACUCAGGAACCUGUUGCAUCAAAUACAGUGCCAAUGUACAAAUCGCCAAUGAUUUAUAGAUCUGAUGACUAUUUUCAAAGAGAAUAAAGUAUAUAUGGGGAUAACAAAAAAAAGAAGUGUUAAUAACAUAUUCCUUUCCUGUUAAAGUUGCAAAAGUAUUUAUGCAAACUUAAAGGAGAGAGAAAAAAAUGAAUAAAAUCAGCAAUAUUUAUAGUUUUAC